AUGACGACUGCACUGCCCAGCGAGCCGCAUAUCGCGCCGCGGAGUGCUACGCCGCCGGCAGAUGGCGAGGCGGCGUGCGAGGAGGCGGCCGAGGCGGCCGAGGCUGAGCGGCUGCGCGAACAGCUUGCGCGGAUGCGGAGCUUUGUCGCGGGGCAGGGCGCGCCCGCAGGCGAGUACGCCAAGGGCCAGCAGGCCUUGGCCGCGAUGAUGCGAGCGCGAGAGGCGGGCGCGUCGACGAGAGAGCAGGUCCGCGCCUGCCUCGGCGCCGGGCUCGGGGCGGAGUAUCCCUCGCCACCCGGGUAUGAUCCGCGGCCGCCGACAGAGGGGGAGACGGGUUCUCAUGGAGAGGGCGAGGUGCACGAGGCCGCAGUCUCGUCGGAUGCGUGA